AUCUCUCUAUCGGCAGUGCACACAUCUACUUCUCCAGACGAAGACACGCCCCAUACAACAGAAAUUAUUUCUUCUUCAUCCAACUUAUUUAUUCCUCCUUGCCCUGAAGACUCCAAGCCUAAAGUGGGAAUGGUGUUCAAAUCCUUGGAGGACGGAUUUAAUUUUUACAAGCAAUAUGCCUCACUGACAGGUUUUGAUAUUCGCAAAAGCACUAAUUUGAAGGUUUCAGGUAUUGUUGUUUGGCGGUACAUUGUAUGCAACCGUGAGGGUCAUAAACAUUUUGCAUCAAUUGUUAACAAACCCACUCACGAUGAUGGAGUGCCAAAGGCAAAACAGAGGAGACGCAUUUCAAAUCGUGUUGAUUGCAAGGCACGUGUGGCGUUUAGGCUCGUGGGUGGUGUAGGACCCUUUCUGAAAAUCAACAGAAACUUAGAAAUUGGCCACAAGAAGUUUAUGUUGAAUUGUGCAAAGGCGAACAUUGGGCCAAUGAAGUCAUAUAGAUUGUUUAAGGAAUCAGUUGGGGGCUACGAUAAUGUCGGUGCCAUUGACGUUGACUUUAAAAAUUUCAAACGGGACUUGAAGGCAUACAUUGCAGGCGCUGAUGCUCAAAUGCUCAUUGACAAACUAUUCGGAAAGAAACAAAAAUGCUCUGCGUUCCACUUUGAUUAUGAUGUCGAUGAGAGUGACCAGCUAACCAGGGUAUUUUGGUGCGAUCCUGUCGCUAGGAAGAAGUACGCAAUGUUUGGAGAUGUCAUUUCGUUUGACGCAACCUUCAACACAAAUAGGUACAAAAUGGUUUUUACGCCAUUCACCGGUGUAGACAAAAUGGUAAGCGCAUCAAGAGUGCUAAAGAGAUCCAAAUCGAGCAAAGCAAGAAGAACAAACGCAUGUGUCGAACCUGCAAAGAGCUAGGAUAUCACGACAGUAGGAAUUGUCCGAUGAAUUAUUCAUCAUAAUUAAAUCAUCUUCCUACACACAUUUUAUAAGUUUUUGUAAUGUUUUCAACGUUCUUUAUAACGUCACAUGACAUUUGUUUGCCCAUGACUUGUGUAUUAUUGCAAUUUUGAUUAAUAUAGUAAUUACAAAAUC